AAUUAAGAUUGCAGCUGGGAGUAUGUUGUAGAUACUAGCAUUAAUACUCAUGUAAGUGAUGCCGUGGACUUGAGGUUUAUUAAAAGUGGAACGGAAACUAGACCAGUCAUCUGUCACAAGAUUCAAUAACAGCUGCAGCCCACAUUGUCUAUUUGAGGUCCAGCCCCUGAGAAGAUGGGUGCUUACAGAUGGCUGUUGUUUUUUGUAGGCAUUUAUUUAAAAGAUGUUGAAAGUGAAGCCUCAUCUUGGACAUCUGCAUCCCCAACCUCAGUUAAAGGUCUCCUUGGCUCAUGCGUAGUCAUCCCCUGCUCAUUUAACUACCCAGAUGAAGGAAAUAAAUUUGAUUUCACUGGGAUUUGGUUGCAUUCGGAGGGCAUAGUUUUUCACUCAAAAGAGCCUCAAAAGGUGUUACAGCAAUAUCAGAAUCGGCUUGAGCUGGUUGGAGAUCUUAAAGGAAAGAACUGCUCUCUGAAGAUCAAUGCCCUUCAACAAAGUGACAUAGGGCCUUUUCAUUUCAGAAUUGAAAUUAAGAACUAUGACAACUAUUCGUACAAAAACAAGGUCUCCAUUUCAGUUAUAAGGGAGCCAAAUCCCAUUCAAUUCUCUGUGGGAGAAGACAUUAAGGAGGGACAAAACGUGUCAGUGGCCUGCUCUGUGUCUCACUCUUGUCCCACCUCUCCUCCUGGUUUCAAGUGGAAUCACCCUGGAGAGGAGAUUCAUCAGUCCCAACAGCUUGGCGAUGCAGAGUGGAAAGAAACGUCUAUUCUGAGCUUUCGUGCGACUCAUUUUGAUCACAACAAGCCUUUAAAUUGCACUGUAACAUACAGGGGAGGUAAAAAGCAGGAACAAUCCAAGAUCUUUCCUGUAAAAUAUGCCCCUGUCAAUGUGAAUGUCGAUUACAAUUCUGAUGUAAAGGAGGGAGAAACUGUCGCUCUCACUUGCUCCAGUGAGGCACACCCUCCUGUCAGUCGCUAUGAGUGGCACAAUGCAACUGGGGCUCAGAUAUCUCAAGGAAACCUCUACAUAGUAUCAAAUGUCUCUAGAAAUAUAGGAGCGAUGUACUGUACUGCUAUCAAUGCAGAGGGACAAGUCAAAUCGAGAUCUGUGCGGUUUAAAGUUCAAUAUGCUCCUGAUGUAAAAAAUGAAUCGUCAUGCUCUUUAGAGGGACACUGGGUCCAGUGUAAGUGUAUUGUGGACUCCAACCCUGCUAGUACAGUCACAUUUAAGCUUGGUGACAAAAUUCUGCCAGGAGUUACAGGAGUUGAAAAUGGUUCCUACACCAUAAAGUUUCUUUGGAAAGACAUUGAGUCCACCACGUUUGUGGAGUGUUCGGCAGACAACAUGCAAGGCAGUGCCAACCUUAAACUCCUUUUACCUCACGACGAUAUGGUGCUUUACAUGUUCAUUGCCGCUGGAGCAGCAGGAUGUUUGGUGGUAAUUGUACUUGUAGUGGGAUUUAUUCGGACAUGCAGGGGGAAACGUGGAGACACUUCAAGAUUAAACAGGAGCACGGUGAUGACACAAAGGGCAUUGGAGCCCCCACAGUAUUCCUCAGAAAGUUUCCCCAGGAAAGAGAUUUGUGAUGAUCAGCCUUGUUAUGAAAUUUAUCAGAAUGAAAAUCUAUAUGGCAAUACAGGGACUGACUGGAAUGAUCAAAUAUAUGCCAAUGUGUAAGUCAUGGAAGAAAAGCUGAAGUCUGUCUGCCUAUUUUUGGUAGCGGUAAAAAAAUGCCUUGUUUUUAUUUCAGUUUUAGGAAAAGUUUAUUAUUCUCAAAACAUUUGGAUCACAUUUAAUUUUCAAAUGCUGUUCAAAAGUGAUGGUAACUUUAAUUAUUGUAACUUCUGCUUUCAGCUAUUACUUCAUCAAGUAAGCCUUUUAAAUACAAGUAUGAAUAAUGACCAUUUAACUGUUGUAAAAAUUUACCUGAAUGCAUUUUUAACUUUUACCUAUAUGUUAAGAUUUAUGUUGUUAGAAUAUAUUAUGGAAGGGAUGUCUUUAUACUCGUACUUGUACUAUAAUUUCUUCUUUUCUUAGAAAUACUGCUCUAUUAGCUCAACAGAUUGGAAAUAAGAAACUUCUGACAAAAAAGCUAAACUUUCAAGGGGCCAAAAUACACUAAAUUGCCAAACGUAUUGGGUCACAACUUCAAAUCAAUGAACUCCAGUGUUACAGUCACUUCCAUGGAUGCAUUUGUAAGUUUGGUGUGGAGAAACUUAAUUGACCUGCACAGAGUCCUGACUUCAACCUUCUUGAACACCUUUGGGAUGAAUUAGAGCAGAAGCUGCAAUUCUGGUUUUCUCAUCUAACUAUGAACACACUCCUAAACCUUAAGGAAGAUGUUUAUAGAUUAGUUAAAGUUGCUACUGCUGGUAACUGUGGCCCCAUCAACAAAUUGGACCUUAUAGAUUAAGAAUAGAAUGUCAUCAAAGUUCAUGCACAAGUAAAAGCAGACAGACAAAUACUUUUGGCAGA